AUGGACCUGGGCAUCCUGAGGGCCCUGAAAACGGUCAAGAGCAACCCGUACGUCCAGUAUGUUGGGAUCGGCCUCGCCGGACUGGUCACGCAAAAGGAGCUCCAUGACGAACGAACGGGGACCCCGCUGCGAAAGUCGAAGAUGCAGCUCAUCAGAAUCAGUGCGGCUGUGUGCGGCAUCGAGCUCUGCUACGCAGCGGAGACCGCAUUCGUCAGCCCGAUCUUGCUGAAGCUCGGCGUCCCCGCGUCCCUCAUGAGCAUGGUCUGGUGCCUGAGCCCGAUCCUGGGAUUCUUCCUCGUGCCGAUUAUGGGAUCGCUCAGCGACAGGUGCAGUCUGAGACUCGGGCGGAGAAGACCCUUCAUCAUCCUCAUGUCCAUUGGGAUUAUCCUGGGUCUGUGUUUGGUGCCGAACGGAGAACUCCUGGGGAUCUGGGUGGGCGAUUCUGGAAAUGAGACUAUCAACGCUUACCCUGGGAGAAAUUCUUCGUACACCUUCCUGAACGAGACCACGUACUUGAAUAAAAAAUCGAGUCUUGUUUUUUCCUUCACGCUCCCACCCGAGCACAUCCGGGGAAUCAUCUUCACCAUCUUUGGCGUCGCCAUGUUGGACUUCAACUGUGACGCGUGUCAGUCGCCGUGCCGGGCCUACCUGCUGGACGUCUGCGUGCCCGAGGACCACUCCACGGGUUUGACCAUGUUUACGGUCAUGGCCGGCCUGGGAGGGACCGUCGGCUACGUCAUGGGCGGCAUCGACUGGAACGCCACCAGCUUCGGCGAGGCGCUCGGCGGCCACAUACGGGUCGUUUUCUCCAUCGUCCUGGUCGCGUUCUUCGUGUUCGUCAUCUCGACUCUCACGUCGUUCAGGGAAAUCCCGCUGGCCGAGCUCAACGUCACGAACGCCGAGAUGCAGACGUCGAAGAAGAAAGUCGGUAAAUCGAAAUACCGAAAGUUUACGAACGAGGAGUCCUCGGAUGAGGAGGUCCACCAUCGGCACGUCAUCGGUAAUGACGCGACUCAGAACUUUCCUACGUACGGCUCCGUCUCGGAAUCAAAUAACAAGGGUCACGCUGGCAAACAAAAGCCUGACUUAAUUUCCCCAACCACACAAGGACAAUGCCCCGUCUACCCUUCAUCAGCUGCCCAGAAAGUCGUCGGGCCCAAGGAACAGAACGGUACCGUAGCUGAUCGUUUGAACACUUCAGCAAAUUUAAACAGAGCCAGUGGUUCUCAUCCAGGGACAGCAAAUAAGCGACAUUCUCUCGGCACGUCAAAUUUAGAAGGUUCCCAGAAUCUAAGCAGGGUAGACUCUACUGCAAGAGAACGCAUUGAAGACGUUCGUCCCAGCAGUGAGUACACCUCGUUCAAUUCUACAGCGGCAGCAGGGGGCGCUCUCGAUACCAACACAAUAAACAACGCGAGAGUUCUUUCUGAAGGUAACCGCGGGGCGUCGGCGCCCCCGGGUUCUUCGACGCGGGGCGAUGAGAUAAACCCGUAUGCUAAAAAUAGCCACAGCACAACAAACGGUGACGUCAGACCGCCCGCUGACGUCAUCGACACCGUUGAAGUGUCGGCUGACGUCACGUUGAGGACGUACCUGCGGUCGAUCGUGCGGAUGCCGAGGUCCAUGUGGGUGUUGUGCCUGUGCAACCUGCUGUGCUGGAUGUCUCUGGUGUGCUACUCGCUCUACUUCACGGACUUCGUAGGUCAGUGUUUGCGUGUCUUUCCAAAACCAAUUUCUAUCAGACACAUAUGCAUUCAUUACUAUUGUCGUGGUUUGUUUUGUUUGUAUGUUUGUGUGUGUAUGUGUGUUAGUUUGUUUCAUUUAUAGUGGCUUUAAAUUUUGUCUAAUCAAAGACUUUUAAGUAUAAUAUUUCUCUUGAAAUUUUGUGGCCAAAUGUUGAGGCCAUCUUUACGGCAGGUUUGGUCGAAAAUAAAAUAUAUUUUAAUCUCUGUCCAGUUAAGCACACAAGAGAUUAUGAGUUACCGAACGUGAAGCUUAAGACAACAAAAAAGCCGUAUGAUGCCGAAAAAUUGGGCGUUAAGUUCGUACGAGAAAGGGGGGGGGGGCGUUACGCCAUGUGUGGCAUUUGUUUUUGGUACGGCAUCUUCUGUUUACCUAAACAUUUUACAAUGUACAUUUUAUCAACUGAGUUUUAAUGCCCAUUAUUGACUAGGUCAGUGAUUUUUAUUUUCGAACAGUAUGACAGUAUUUGAACAAAAUAUCUAUAAAGUAUAAUAAAUAUACAUAGCCGGGGGAGGGGGGUGUUGCAGAACACACCCGAACGACGUACUGGCAUCUUUUUAACUCCUUUAGGGAUCGUUCACAAAUUACGUCACGCCAAAAAAGAACCUUUUCAGACCCUCCCCGCCCCCCGCCACAAAGUGUCACAAAUUCUUUACCCCUACCCCCCCCCCUCACCCAACCUUUACUGUCCCGUCACGCCUAAAAAAUUUAAAACGUACAUAAAAUGUUCAUAGCUAACCUAAGAUUUGAUUUUAUUUUGUAACAUUUACCGCAUAAUGGAUUAAGAUGUAUUAUUAGAAAACUGUGACGUAAAACUCAAAACGCUCCUCCCUGACCCGAAAGUAAAAAUGGCUACAACAGUUUUUGCGUCAUUUUUCUAUAUGACCUUCACGGUACUUCUUAGUUAUUAUACCUGAGGAAAUUUCGACCUCAAAUUAAUGUUUUUAUUUUUAAAAAUUCAAACUGAGAUAGUUUUAAAUUUUUAAAAAUUUAAUUAAAANCCCCCCCCCGAUCGUGACGCAAUUUGCGAACGAUCCCUUAUAUUAUCUUCGCUUUUGUUCGUGGGUGGCUCGCUGGCUUUCUGGCUGGCCGACAAAAGCUGACUUCCUGUCAACCUAUCGAGCUGAAACUUGGGACUUACACUCGUUGCCGAUGACAACACAUUUUAUCAAAUUGUAUUUGGUAGCGUUAUUGACAUUGUACAUAGGGAAGUGUGUACAGUGCCAUCUGGUAGCGUUAUUGACAUUGUACAUAGGGAAGUGUGUACAGUGCCAUCUGAUAGUUUUAAGUGCCACUGUUACAUAGAGAAUUGUGUAGAGCAUCGUCUGGUAGCGUGAGUGAUAUUGUUACAAGGAGAAUGGUCUACAGCGCCACCUGGUAGUGUUAGUGUCAUUGUUACAUAGAAAAUUGUGUCUAUUGAAGCUUUGUCAACAGAAAGGGAUGGGGACGUUGGCACUAUUUGAGAGCUGCAGUCACAAAUGCAGCACAUUUAGUUACCAGCUAAUCUUCAUGGUAUAAUGUACUUCUUGAAUAAUAACACACCAUCUAUUCAACGCUGACAUGCAAUUCUGUAGUCAGUACGAACAACUAUUUGGUUGGUUGUUUUUUGUUUGUUGUUGUGGUUGUUGUUGUGGUUGUUGUUGUUGUUUCUUGUAUUGCUAUUGUUUGUUUUGUUUUUUUUUGUUGUUUUUUUUUUGUUUGGUUGUUGAUAAUGAUAAAGUUAAAGUUUUUAAAUGCUAUUGAUGAUGUUGUUAAAAACUCUUAUUGCCCAUACCGUAGUUUGAAUUGUUUUUUUUUUUUAAUUGUAAAGAAUUUUGGUGCUGGUGAUGAUGUAUCAAACUGAUGACGUCGGCGUUCGUUUCGGUUGAAGCUGGUGCAGGCUGAUGAUGACAUAUUUUGAUAACCAUUGUCAUUUUAACUACCCUCGCGGCGAGAGAGAGAGAGAGAGAGAGAGAGAGAGAGAGAGAGAGAGAGAGAGAUGUCCCUUCAUGUUGCCAUGAUGAUUCUAUCAAUUCCUCACAACCCCGCCCCUCCUCCCCUCUCGUCGUUUCAGGACAGUCCGUGUAUGGCGGUGACCCCAAGGCCCCGGUGGGCAGUGAACUCCACGACAAAUACGACGAGGGCGUCAGGCUGGGCUCCUUCGGGAUGUCACUCUACUCCUUCUCGUGCGCUUGCUACUCCCUGGGGAUAGAGAAGCUGGUGCAGAGAUUCAGUGAGUACUCAAUCUUGGCCGGUGUUGUAGUCAAAUCAACAACAAAAAAACCGUGGAAGCUCUUGGCCGCUUUAGAGACCGCAUCCCUCGAAAAAAUGAAAUAUUAGUAGUAGAUGCUUUAAGCCAAACAACAGGGUUACUGGCAAAACAAUAGGCUGAUGAUUUUCCUUUUAGACUUUUUACAUUUUCGUAAUCGCUACCCAUAUUUUUUUAAAUUAAACAUUGAGAGAGGGGUGGGAUUGGACUCGACUCGAAAUAGAUUGGAAACCUGUGAUUGAAAGGGUUUCCCAAUAAAAUAAUUACUAUAUAGCUGCUGAGGAACAACAAAGUAAUCAUUAUGUUACCUAUUGUUUUCGUUUAGUUACAUAGGUUAUUUGGUGUCAUUUCUCGAAACUUUACAAGUGGACGACGGAACAUGUUGUUGUUGUUGCUUUUGUUGUUUUGUUGUUGUUGCUUUUGUUGUUUUUGUUGUUGUAGGGGUUUUAUUUUGGUUCUUUUUUUUUGUUUUUGUUUUUUGUUUUUUUUUUUUUUUUUUUUUUUUGUUUUUUUUUUUUUUUUUUUUUUUUUUUUUUUUUUUUUUUUUUUUUUGUUUUUUUUUUUUGUGGUAGUUUUCUUGUCAUAUUUUAUUUUUUAAAUUGUUUAAAUAUUUUUAUUUUACUUUUUUUUAUUUUUGUUUGUUUUGUAUUUGGGGGCGUUUGUCAAAUCAGGACUUGAUAUUAUCAAGCUUCAAUUUCCUUCUGUUCUCCGCCAGGAGCCAAAAGGGUCUAUGUUCUGGGCCAGCUGGUGUUCACACUGGGGAUGGCCGGGAUGGCUGCAUCGCGCAGCAAAGUGGCAGUCAUUCUAUUGUCCCCUGCAGCAGGGAUCAUGUACGCCACUUUGUUCACCAUGCCCUAUCUCCUGGUGGCACACUACCAUACGCGAGGUCUGGUAAGUGCUUAUUGCUUCAUAGUGGGGUGAUUUUGAAAGGUAGAGUGACAAAAAAGAAUUAUUAAAAAGUUGCCUUUGUAAAAGAUUAUUUUUUUAAGUUUACCUUACCUCUCAUAGUUGGAAAAAUAAAAUUCACCGGUUCUUACAAUGCUAAUCGUAUACCUCUGCUACCAAAAGAAAAAUCCAAUUCAGGCUUUAAAUAUUACUGAUAAUCCUCGUCCUUUAUUCGAAAACCAUUUUUUUUAAAAACUUUUCAAAGUCUGUCAGCCAAUGACAGAACAUUACUUUAGAAUUCCAUAAAACAAGACUAUCUGAACGUAAAUAAUUUUAGCAAACGCAAUUAAACAUAAGACAUUCGACCAAAACAACUGAGCUGCCUAGAGAUCUCAAGAGCUGCUGUGAGUAUCAACUGUAAGAGAUCAAGAGCUGUCGGUAUUUUCAAUUGUUAUUGAUUUGCAGUGAGGUCAAUAUAAUCUAGCCUGCCGCAUUGUGGAAUUCUCAAAACGUUAAAAAAAUAAAAACAACUCACACACACACUAAGUACUGCGCACUUGUUCAGUUGUCUCCCUUCAACUUCCUUUCCAGUUCUCCCACGGUGACGAGCUCCACGGUGACCGGAAGCAGGUGAGGGGCCUGGGGACGGACGUGGCUAUAAUUAGCAGCAUGGUGUUCCUGGCGCAGUUCGUCCUGUCCGUUAUCAUGGGGACCGUGGUCACUGCUGUGGACAGCACGACGGCCGUGAUCGUCGCCAGUUCGAUCCUCAGCUUCUUGGGCUCCGUCACCGCCACCCAGAUUACCUACCUGGAUUUGUGA